UGAAUGGUUACAUUGUCCAAAAUUGCCUGGUUUUGUUAGUUAAAGGGCCAAUCUUAAUAUAUAAUGAUACAUAAAGUUAUCACGCUUAAUUGUAUUAUUUUUUGCAUGUCAGAUUCUGUGUCAGGGAUUUAAAAAGAAAGUUGAAAUGUUCCUUAAAUAUUUUACAGUUUUUAAGAAAAGUUGCAAUAGUUACAUAACAAUUCAAAAAUAUUUAUCUUCGGGAAAGAUAGCAAAUGACGCAAUAAAACUUAGUGAUAGUUGUGUACAGAAACUCAAGCAACUCUGUGAAGGUGAUAAAUCUUUUUUAAGAUUGUGUGUGGAGAGCGGUGGAUGCUCGGGUUUUCAAUACAAAUUCCAUUUAGAUGAUAAAGUUGGUGAAGACGACAGAAUAUUUAAGAGGGAUGGUGUGCGGGUAGUUGUAGAUGAGACAUCAUUGGAGUAUAUAAGGGGAUCCACUAUUGAUUAUCAUACGGAGCUUAUACGAUCUGCAUUUAGAGUUGUCCAAAACCCCAAUGCAGAUGUUGGUUGUUCUUGUGGAGCUAGCUUCUCUAUAAAAAUUGAUUAGGAUGUAUAGACUUUAAAUAUAUAAAUUAUUUUUUGUUUUGUUAAUAAAAGAUUUAAU